UGAACCCAUGGCUGGCAGCCCCUUGCCCUGCAAAACAACGGGACGAACGCCAUGAGAGAGCCCGACGCUGCUCGCUGCUAGCAGGCAGGGCAUGGGCUUGGGCUGCGGGGCAGCGGGCGGAUCGGGUUGUUCCCUUCGGGAGAGACCGCGGGCGCAGGGCGGCAACGUAAUUGUUGUUGACACGAAGCAAGAAUCUUCUCCUUCUGCCAGAACCUUCUGUAAUCAAACUUCUGUCAUUUCCGAAACUAGCCGAAACUGCAGCAACAACAGCGAUAGCAUCAACAUCUUCAGCGCAAACGACGGUAGUAUCAGCAACUGCAAAAACUCCAUCAACAACAACAACAACAACAACGAAAGCUGUUUUGAUUUCUGCUUCUCAUACAAGCAACAACAAUCUUCCGAAGAUUUUCAAGAACAUCCGCCGCCUCGGCAGUGUUUACAAAACGAGCUUCCUUUUGCCAGCAGGACGAACCCUGUAGUCUACAGUGGACAGGUGGACACGGGUGUCGCUACAGCAGUUGGAGCAGGUGCGACAAGUUUCUGUGAGCUCGGCUCGUAUGCGUUGGACGGUGCGACAGCUGCGUUUGCGGCAGCGGGACUGCCCGCUCGCACUUGUCAGCCCGAUCUUUACGACCAUAGCAGCAACAGCAACAAUACAGAGUGGAGUGUUAUUAGCAGCAAUAGUUACAACGAAAACAGCCUCCGCGGUGACAACGAGGCUGGACUAUCGCUAUCCCACAAAGCGGGUGGAAGGACAUCGACGGCCAAUGCUACUGUUGCUGCUGCAAUAGCAGGUAUUGUUAGUAGUACUACAAUUAUAGUAGACGCGACCGCUAACCCAGGUUGUGGUAGUGAGAAACAUCGAAAUAGCGCCACCAGUUCCAUUGUUAACCGCAGCGGUGGCUGUGAACAAGUUCGCCUCACGUGUGAAGGCUCGCUCAGUGAGGCCAAUUUUCCUAUCAAACUCAACAGGAUCAUCCGGAAUCUUAAACAUCUGCUGCUGCCCAAACAAAGCUCGAGCUAUACUACACGGGGUAAAUUCAACAUCUCCAAAGUGGAGCCGUGGAACAGCGUGCGUGUCACGUUGAGCGUGCCCCGGGAGGCGGCGGCGCGUUUGAGCCGGUUAGCGGCAGCCCGAGACUCGCGACUACUUGAUUUAGACCUCCUAGCUGUACAGGUUGCUCAGGAUCAUUAUACGCUAAGUUCUAGCGGUGCAAACAGCCAUAGCGGCGGGAAUUCGGCGUUAGGUGCAAGCAGCAACGCUACCUUGAGCAGUUCCGGCAGUUCGAACAGCUCGAAGAGUUCGAACAUCGGAAGCGGCUCCGCUUCUGGUAAUAGCGCGUCAGCAGGUGGCGCGACCGGCUCGUCAGGCUCACCCGGCGGCCGGUCGACGUCUUCGCCGGCGAACUCUUCGGCGGGCCCGACGGCGGGACCGACGGGCUACACGGGGGGUUACGGGGGCCUCGCCGGGUUGGCGGGAGCCCCCUCGCCGUUGGGACAUAACCCCCACCUCGGCCCCCCUGUUCCACCCGGUACACACCACCACAUCACGAAUCAACAGCAGGGGAGUCCGUUACAUUCAAAUUCCAAUGGCCCAAUGGGACAUGGGUCGGACCCUCCCGGUUCGUUAAUGGGCAGCAACAACGUGGGAACGGGCAAUGCCUCACAUGAUGUGUUCCUCAAGCCGCAUCCGGUUUCGGGCGUGGGCGGGCCAGGCGGUCCUGGCGGUGGGGGUGGUGGGAGCGGUUCCGGGGGUUUUCGGUCGCCUAACGCGGUGGCUCCACCAAAUUCUGUCAUUCCCUCGAUGAAUAACUCAACAAGUUCUGCAUCCUCUAAACCCAACCACCAAACAUCAUCGUCGUCGUCCUCCUCUGUGCAGCCUUCCUUUGGAAAGAGCACAAAGGGUAAGCAAGGAAGCGGUAAGGGACGAGGUGGAACUGGCGGCUCGGGUCCAUUAGCGAAUAUGUCUGCGAGUGAGUAUGAGGAUAUGCAGGCUCGAAUUGCUGACUCGAUCGAGAGCGUCGUCCAGCAGCAGCGACGAUUGCUAGCCGAAGAGCAGGAGCGAGAAAAGGAACUUAAAGAAGCUGAGAAUUCGUCAACGACGGCGACGCCUCCUCUCGACGGCGCAAUGCCGGAAGUGUCCGAAGAGGAUUUGGACACGCUGCAGGAGUGGAUGCUCUCGCAAGGGGACAUUGACCUAACGGAAGCGGGGUUUCCUAUCGGCACCCCGCCUCCAUCCGACCCGGAUAACCACCGAAAACAACAGCACCCCCAGCAACCGCAACAGCCCCCCCAGCAGCAACAACAUAUGCCUGGCGGCCACAUGAGUCCAAUGGGUAGUCAGAUGCAGGCUGCGUCUGGUGGCCCUCGCGCUCAGAUGAAGUGCGCUAAUCCUUCCUUAGCCCAUAUGCUCGAACGGAGGCCAAGCCCAGACCUGGAUCAUCGCUUUGCUCAGCAGGGCCAUCCACAGGCUGGGAUACCGCCACAACAUCAACAGCAACCCCAACAGACUCCGCACGUGCCCCAACAGCCACAGCAUGUACAGGGGCACCCACAGCAUUUGCAGCAACAGCAGCAUUACGUUGGCCAGCAUGGCCAACAUAUGGGUGGGCAGCCGAUAUCGCAACACAUGCAGAUGGCGCCUCAUCCUCAGCAGCCCCAGCAGGCUCAACAGCCUGUGCAUCAGCAGAUGCACCAUCCCCAGCAGAACAGCCUCUACCAGCAACAGCAGCCGCAGCAAGUGCAGAUGCAGCAAGCUAUGCAACAACAACAGCCGCAACAGCAGAUGUACAGACUCCAGCAUCAGCAAGCGCCGCAGCAGCAGUCGUUCGGUGGCGGACCACCUGCCGGGGGAAUGCAUACACAUCCACAUCAGGCCCUUCAGCAGCAUCAACAGGCGCCGCAACAACACCAGCAACAGUAUCAAGUGAGGCCAGCGAUGGGACCGCAACAGGGUCGGAUGGGACAGGUGGCCGGUCAGAUGCAGCAUAUGCAAGCAGGACAACAGCAGCAACAGCCGGGACCACAGCAGCAGCAACAACCGCAGCAAGCUCCCCCACCACCACAUCUCAACCCUCAACAGCGCCUACAAAUGAUGCAGCAACAGCAUGUGAACGCGCAGUUGCAGCAGCAGCAACAACAACAGCAGCAGCAGCAGCAGCAGCAACAGGGACUUAUGCAUGCGCAACAGGCAGGUCUCCACCCAAUGCAACAGCAGGGCCAUCCACAGAUGCAGCAGUUACAGCAGCAGCAGCAGGGCCAGCCGAUGCAGCAGCAACAGCAUCCACAGAUGCAGCAACAACAGCAGCGGUUAGCCAUGCAGCAGCAGCAACAGCAAGGUCAACCUGGCCAAGUUGCUGGCACAGCUGGACAGCCUCAGCAGAACAUUCAACAACAGAUGCAGUUGCAGCGAAUUUUGCAAAUGCAACAGCAGCAGCAACAACAGCAGCAGCAGCAACAGCAGAACCAGCCGCAGAUGCAGCAAGGACAUCCGCAGCAGCAGUCGACUGUUAUGCAGCAACAGCAGCAGGUGCCACAGCAACAGGCGGUACAGUUCCCGGGUCAGACGCCACAACAACAGCAGCAACAGGCUGCUACCCAACAACAGCAGAACCAGCAACAGCAGGUGGCAAUGCAGCAGUCGCAGCAACAGCCCCCGCCGAUGCAGAUGCAGCAGGCGAUGCAACAACAGCCGGGAGCCGGCGGUAUGCAAAUGCAUCCGCAGUUGCAGCAGAUGCAGGCGCAGGGGAUGAUGCAGCCUGGCUGCAUUCAGCCACAAACUCAGGCGGCCCAGCAGUCACAACAACAACCACAGCUGAGCGUACAACAACCGGGAAUGCCGCCACAACAGCAGCAACAACAAGCGCAGCAACAACAGCAUCCGCAGCAAGCGCAGCAGCAGCCGAUUCUGCAGCAACAGAAUCAGCAGCCGCAUUUGCAGCCCGUUCAGCAGCCGCAGCAACAACAACAACAGCAACAACAAGCUCAGCAAAUGCUCUACCGACAUCAGCAGCAACUACCUCCACAACAGCAGCAGCAGCAACAAGCGCAGCAACAACAAGCGAUAUCUGCUGGCAUGGUGACUCAGCAGCAACACGCCGUAUCCAAUGGACCCUAUCAGACUCAUCCCCAGCAGCAACAACAAACACAUCAGCAACAACAGCAACAACAGAUGGGCGGCGCAAACCAACAAAUGGUUAACCGGCAGUUGUCGCUGGGUGGCCAGAUGGCCAGCAGUCCAAUGGCGAAUCAAAUGGGACAAAUGGGAAGUCCCAUGGGUCAGAUGGGCAGUCCUAUGGGGCCAAUGGGAAGCCCCAUGGGCGCUACUGGCGGACAUUCACAGCCGCCUCCUGGCGUAAUGCGGCAACACCAUGUAAUGGCUCACGGGGGACCUUCCCCGAAUCAUUCGCCUGUUGCAGGAUCCCCACAGGUUCUAAACACAUCAGCGUCGCCUUCUCCGGCUACGACACCGGACCCUCGAGCAUCACCUGGAGGCUACAGCUGUGUAACCUCAGGAAAUCCGAAUACUCCCACUGGCCACCCACCACUGAUGGGUGCAACGUCCCCAUUACACCAUCUCAACCAUAACCACAACAAUAACAAUGGCCGAAGCAGCGCUGGGCCAACACCGCCUUCGUUACCGAGUCCUGGUGGCACAGAUUCGCAGGGCAGCAGUGUAGGUGGUCAGAGUGGUGGAAUGGGUCCAGGAGGACCAAUGAUGGCUCCGCCAAGUCCGGCAACAACACCUCAGCCGAUGAAUAGCAGCAAUCACCAACAACAACAGCCGAGUCCCGUCUCCGGCCUAACGCAACCUCAACAAAAUCACCUACAACAGCAACAACCCAGUCCUCAGCAAAGAUUACAGGCCAAUGGAGGCUCGCCGUCGAAGCUGACGUUAAUUUUCUCAAAUACGGAAGGCUCGGAUAACGCAAUGGGUGGUUGUAUUGCCCAAAUGGGCAGAGGCCAAGGCGGAGCUGGACCGCCAAAAACGAUUAAAGUCGUGGGGCUUCCUAAGGGCAACCUUAUCUCCACAGUCAAGCUGCAGGUUAAGACAGCUGAUUCCGUAGAGGGUGGCACUCGUGCAGGUGGAAGCUUGAAGCGAAAAAUGGACGAAUCAUCGGGGGUUCCAGGAGGACAUCAACAACCCUCGCAAAAAAUCGUUAAACAGUAGACGAAAAUUGCAACUACUGGAUACUUUUCUGCCACCCCUAACUCCUCCGGGAAAUCUGCUGUUAUAUAGUUUUCAGUUAGAACGUGUACAUAUUUAGAUUAGACGGAUUCUAUGCGAAGAAACCUAGUAACGAUGAUGAACUCGGAAAUAUACAAAGGAGGG